AUGCAGCCCGAACUGGAGACCUCCGACUUUGGCAGGACGCACCCUGUCCACCACGAAGAAGCCGAAAAGUUUCCCAAGACCGUCGCGCCAGAUGCCGAGGCCGCACUGGCGAGCGCGGCAGAUGAGGAGCCGGCACCCAGCUAUGCUGAGGAGCUGGGCGACGAUGGCCGCCAGAUCAACUAUCGCACCCUUGAGUGGUGGCAAGCCGGCGUCAUCAUGAUCGCCGAGACCGUCUCCCUCGGCAUCCUCUCGCUGCCCGCCGUCCUCGCCACCAUCGGCCUCGUCCCCGGCAUCAUCCUCAUCCUCUUCAUGUCCCUGCUGUCGGGCUACUCGGGCUACGUGCUCUUCCAGUUCCGGCAGCAGUACCCCUGGGUGCAGAGCUUCGGCGACGCCGCCGAGGUGCUCGGCCGCCCGCUGGGCAUGGCCCGCGUCUUCCAGGAGGUCGUCGGCUGGGCGCAGGCCCUCUUCCAGAUCUUCGUCAUGGGCAGCCACCUGCUGACCUGGACCAUCUGCCUCAACACGCUGUCCGACGGCUCGACCUGCACCAUCGUCUGGGCCGUCGUCGGCGUCUUUGCCUUUUGGGUGCUCAACACGCCGCGCACCCUCAAGUACGCCGGCUACAUGUCCUUCCUGUCCUUCUUCUCCAUCUUCACGGCCGUCAUGAUGACCCUCAUCGACGUCGCCGUCGAGCGGCCCAUCGGCUCCGCCAGCAUCGACGUCACGCGCCAGCUCGGCUUCACCUCGGCCUUCCUGGCCGUCACCAACAUCGCCAUCGCCUUCUCCGGCCACUCGUGCUUCUUCGGCAUCAUGGCCGAGUUCAAGAAGCCCGAGGACUGGCCCAAGGCCCUGGGUCUGCUGCAGUUCUGCGACACGGCGCUCUACCUCGUCGCCUCCGUCGUCAUCUACGUCUACGUGGGGCCCGGCGUGCCCUCGCCCGCCCUGACGGCCGCCGGCUCGCCCAAGAUCCGCAAGGCCAUCUGGGGCGUCGCCAUCCCGACCAUCGUCAUCGCGGGCGUCAUCUACGGCCACGUCGCGGCAAAGUACGUCUUUGUGCGCCUCUUCGGGCACACCAAGCACGUGGCCAAGCGCACCGUCUUCGGCACCGUCGCCUGGCUGCUGCUGACCCUCGGCCUCUGGGUCGUCGCCAUGAUCAUCGCCGAGUCGAUCCCCGUCUUCAACGACCUGCUCGGCAUCGUCUGCGCCCUCUUCGUCAGCUGGUUCUCCUACGGCCUGCCCGGCGCCAUGUGGCUGUUCCUCUACAAGGGCCAGUGGUUCCGCGGCUGGCGGCGCGCGCUGCUCUUCGGCGCCAACGUCGUGCUGUUCCUGACCGGGCUGGCGCUGUGCGUGCUGGGCCUGUGGGUGUCGGGCGACUCGAUCGCGCACACCAAGAGCGCGAAGCCGUGGAGCUGCAAGAGCAACGCUCCUUGA